AUGGCUUUUCUUCCGGUGAGCGAUCGCGAGAGUGCUUGGGUUUUCCUAACAGACGGUGACACUGAGGCGGCCGUGCUCGAUUUGAAUGGGAUUUAUGUGAUUCUCGAUGGAGGAACACAGCCAAUCGAGAUGAUCUCAUUGUUUCGAAAUCCCGAGUUGGCCGUUUUGUCGACCGCCUCAAAUAACACCCUUUCGAAUGUGUUGGCGCUGAAUGAGAGACAGGGAAACGUACCAGUGUUGGGCCGUGUUCCGCGUGUUUCCUCAAAUCAUAAAGGCCAAACAGCCGAUCUUCUUCAAAGGACUUUUGCCAACAAAACGCGAAUCGUCCCCUCAAAACCCGUUGAUGUCAAGAAGAUUGAAGCGACCACCGUUUUUAAGAGCUACCGUACCGGCACCCUAGAAGUGUUCGUGUUGAGUGGAGAGCAAAAAGAGGUUGAGAAUUUGCAAAAAGCUGUCGAUGGAGGUGAUGAGCAAAAGAUUCUGGAGGCAGCUCGCGCGGCAACUCUCAUCACGUUGAUCGUUUAUAUCCCCGUGGAAAGUGAUCGACUGGUGAAAAGGAUUUUGCACACAGGCAAUGCUGACUACGAGAAGAUCGUGCAAGCGGUGGACAAAUUGAAGACGCUUCCUCUUGUCACCGAGCCAACGAUCACCGUUGAACAGUACAGAAAGGGUGGAGUGGCGAAACCAGCGCCAAAAGCUCCUGCUCCACCAAAAGCCGCUGCACCCCCGAAGGCAGCCCCCACUCCAGCACGACCUGUCAGUAAACCUGCUCCCAAGACUGCUCCACCGCCAGUGAAGCCAAUCCGCGCCGCUCCUCCACCACCCACAAAUCGGGCGCCACCCGCAGAACGGCAAAGAGCCGCACCAGGAGCCACCAAACCCAACGGAGUUCCUUCAGCCAGUCGAGCACCACCGAAAACCAGCGCUCCUCCGGCGAAACCAGCUCGAACCACAAAUAUCGAGCCGUCUGUGACAAAGAAAACUAUUGCCCCAUCCCGAGGCGCGGCCGCAUCGAAGCCAGCCGCCCCACCGCCUAAAGGAUCCGCCGGAAAGCAACCAACCCCGAUUCCCCGACAACCAGCUGCACCAAAACCGGUCGAGCCCCAAGCGCCCGCUAAACCCGAACAGCCUUCCACCGACGUCCAUCCACCGAUCUCUUCGUCCCAUCCGGAUCCCACAAUCCCCACUCCACCAUCACCCAAAUUCGAUCUAUUGCCAGACAUUGGAGAAAAACUCGGAGAUCACAAUGACCAUCCACAAAGCGAUGAUAUCGAGCCACCAAUUCCCACUCCAUCUCCACCACCAAUCAUCGCUCCACCCGAGCCCGUUCACCCUGUCGAACCGUCAGCUCCUCAAUUGCCUGAUCGCCCGAAAAGUCCCGAGAUUUUACCUGAGUUUAAGAGUCCACAUCAACCCGAAGUGCUCACCGAUGAGGGACUGUUGGAGGUAGGAGAACCACCAAUGCGAAUGCGGAAAAUCUCGAUGGAUACCGAGGAUGAAAAUGCGAAGAAAAUCCUUGACGAGAUUAGGGGAGACGUGACAAAUGCGGUACAAGAAUGCGAGAAAACGAUCGAGCGAACGCUUUCACAAGCCGCCGAUCAAUCUCCAUUAGAUGAUGAUCAUCAAGACGAUCACUUCACCCAUCAACCAAUCGAUCACUUCACCCAACAAUCGCAAAAUGUUGUCACCGAGAGUGCCCAUUCACUCAUCGACACCACCCCGGCCCACCACCCCGGCACAAACGACACACAUGAUCCAUUCGGUCUGGACGCUCCAUCGCCUUUCGCGUCAGGGCUCGCCUCGACCAUUGUUGAUGGGGCAACGCUGGAAAGUGCGACACAGAAUGCUCGUUCUCUUUUGGACGGUUUUGUCGAUACGGUGCAACACGCGGCUGAUGUAGUGGCUGAUAAGGUGGUCGAUAUGGCCGACAAUGUUGGAGCGAGAGUAGAAGAUCUCGUUGAUUUUGGUGAGAAAAAGCCUGAAACUCCAACUGAUCUUCAUCGAAAAGCCAGUCAAGAUGUAUUGGACAGUUUGAGUGAAGAAUCGUCGGUGAUUGAUCGAAAAAUGAGUGAACCGGGUGAUCCACACAAUCAUCAUGAGCAUCACGAUCAAAAUGGAGCUCAUCAAACAACAUUGGUAUCCGACUUCGCCGAACAUCCACAGGGACUUGGACCCGUUAAAAGAAGUAUUGGGAAAGAAGCACAGGUGACCGAUUACUUUGCGGGAAGUCAACGAUUGGGUGCAGCUGGAAAGAAACCCGUCCCUUCACUUUCUCGUCCAUUCUACUUCGAGCUAGCCUGGACUCCGAGAAAUGGCUCAAAAUGUGCAUUGAGUGACGAAGCGUUGGCUGAUUCGUUCUUCUCGAAAUUCAGAUCCUCUGUGAUCGUUUUCCAAUCAGAAGACGUGCCGACAUUCAUUUUGGAGUCAUGGCUGCGUGCAAAGCAAACAGCUUUGGAUUGGAAAGCUCCACAAGCCUUAUUGCCAACUAGAGAGGGAACAGCCCUUCAAGCAUUCCGAACGAUGAAAGCUGAUGAUCUACAAGCUGUACACGCUACCCUCCGAACGGCGCUUGAUCAUUGCACAACAAAGGUUGAAGUGAACGGUGGAGAGAAAGCGUUCAACACGGUGAAGAUCGAGUUA